GGAAGCGGGGGCGGCGAGGCCGGGGCCGGGAGCGGGGCAGAAUCCCGGGAUCGGGAUGCGGGGGCGGCCCGGGACGCCGCCUCGUUGCCCGGAGCGACACCAUGCACCCGGCCGUGGCGGUGGGGCUGGUGUUCGGCGGCUGCUGCAGCAACGUGGUCUUUCUGGAGCUGCUGGCCAGGCAGUUCCCAGGAUGUGGCAACAUCGUGACCUUCUCCCAAUUCCUGUUUAUUGCAGUGGAAGGUUUUAUCUUCGAAGCCAACUUCGGGAGGAAGCACCCGGCUAUCCCCAUCAGGAACUAUUUCAUCAUGGUGGCCAUGUUCUUCACCGUCAGCGUGGUCAAUAACUACGCCCUGAACCUGAACAUUGCGAUGCCGCUGCACAUGAUCUUCCGCUCGGGUUCUCUCAUAGCAAGCAUGGCUCUAGGGGUCAUCAUCCUGAAGAAAAGGUACAGCGUGUCAAAAUACACCUCAAUAGCCCUGGUGUCCCUGGGCAUCUUCACCUGCACUUUCAUGUCUGCAAAGCAAGUGGCAUCUGACUCCAGCUUAAAUCAAGAGGAUGGACCCCAGGCUUUCCUCUGGUGGUUGCUGGGUAUUGCUGCCCUCACCUUUGCCCUGCUGAUGUCUGCCAGGAUGGGGAUUUUCCAGGAGACACUGUACCAGAAAUUUGGGAAACACUCCAAGGAGGCCCUGUUCUACAAUCACGCCUUGCCACUCCCUGGAUUCCUGCUCCUGGCUCCCAACAUUUACCAGCACGCUGUGCUCUUCAACCAGUCUGAACUGUUCCAGGUGCCAGUGAUCGGCCUGACCCUGCCAAUCAUGUGGUUCUACCUCCUCAUGAAUGUCAUCACCCAGUACAUCUGCAUCCGUGGCGUGUUCAUCCUGACCACGGAGUGCACGUCCCUCACGGUCACCCUGGUGGUGACGCUCCGCAAGUUCGUCAGCCUCAUCUUCUCCAUCCUCUACUUCCAGAACCCCUUCACAGGCUGGCACUGGCUGGGCACUGCCUUUGUGUUCGUGGGCACCCUGAUGUACACCGAGGUGUGGAACAGCCUCAGGCCUUUCCUGGCCUGCUGCCAGAGGAGGAGGCCCAAGGAGGAGUGAAUCCAGGGAUUUUCUGCAGGGACUUUUUUGUUGUUUUUAAGAGCAGAGCAGCAGGGAGUUGUCCCCCCUCCCAGGGGGUGUUUUUAUAACAGGGGAGGUGUUGGCUGUGCCAGGCUCCUGGGAAAAUGGGGAUCCUCUGCUGGGAAUGGAUCAUGGAGAAACAAUCAGGUUAUUUUUUGUGAGUUGGCAUUUUUAUGUGACUCCUUUUGCUUCCAAUUUUUCCUCCUGUUGUUUUUUUUUUUUUUUUUCCAAUUGGAAUAACCCUUUUUAAGGAAAAGCUGACUCAGCUUUGUUGGGAGCCCAACUUCUGUGCUGUUGGCCUGGAUCAGCUGGACCCUGAGCCAGUUUGGUGCUGACCUUUAAUUGUCCCAGUGUCUGGAGCUGAUGACUCGGCCCCAUUCUGGUGGGAAUCCCUGAUCCCUGUGCUGGGACGAUGUGGGAUAUAGCCCCAGCUGGAGCUUCCAGUCAGUCCAGUGGAUCCUGAGAGGGCUGGGUUUACUCUCCCUUUCUCAGUUCUCCCAUCCCUUGGAAUCAGCUUCCUCAUGGCUUUUAUGUCAGCCUGGCACAGGCUCCUUGUCCCUCAGUGUCACCCCUGGCUGGAUUUCCUGGAGUUUCCCUGUGGUUUUCCUGGAGCAGCACCUUGUUCCCGUGGUGCUGCUGCUGUCCCUGCUCAGCUGGGACAGUUGAGGCAUCCAGGAGGGAUAAAGGAAAAAUGAUGGAAAAAAACCAUCCCAGCAUGAGGAAAAGGCAACACCUCCCUCCCAGGCAUUCCCUGAGCCAAGGUCACCUUUCUAAAACUUCUUCCUUCUGUUUUUACUGCUGAUUUUUAUCAGCUGUCUGGGAUAAGCCCCUGCUGGGAGACAGAGUGGGAAAAGGGAAAGGCUCCAUGCUGUGCUGGGAGCACUGGUUUAACCCUAUCCCCAAAUCUUGGUGUGGGAAAAGGGAACUCCAUCCCAGGCAGAGCCAGCGUGGUGGUGCCAGGACCUGCAGCUCCAUCUUGAGGUCCUGAAGGAUUUUUUUCCCCGAGUUCCUGUUUUUCUGAGCCUGAAAAAGUUGGAUUUCAAGUGCCAUGGGAUUUUUCCAAGGAUUUUGUAGAUGGGGAGGCUGACCUGGUGCGGGUCAGGUGUUCCAGCUGUUUGUGGUGGCUCCAGGAAGACCCAGAGAGAGUCAAAACCUUUAUCCCUGAUUUUCAUCUUCCAGGCUCUUCCCAUGGAGCUUCAGCUGGGACUGGGGAGGUAGGAAAGCAAACAGAAAUUUGGGAUGAAGGAUUUUAGGAACAGGGUGAGGUUCUUCAGAGAUCAAGCAUGGUGGUGAAACACCAGAGCCGUAACUCAAGGUCUGUGGGUGUGGGAUCCAGGGAUUGUUUUAUCCAGGGAUUGCAGGAUCCAGGGAUUGUAGGAUUGCAGGGAUCCAGGAAUUGUUUUAUCCAGGGAUUGUAGGAUCCAGGGACUGAGCAGAGCUGGCACAGAGCUGCUCCCCGGUGUAACAUUCUGUGCAUAUUCUGGGUCACUCUUCCUCUCCAGGACCUUGUGUGUUGUCCCCAGUUCCCAUGGGACAUGGGAAUAUUUGGGGGAUUUGGGCAUUCCCCUUUUUUUUAACCAUGUGCAUUUCACUCCCAACACAUCAGCUGUAGGUUGGUUGUUGCUGUCAGGGGGAUAUUUUUUUUUUAACUUCCUGGCAUGAUCAGUGUGUUUGGAAUAUUUAUAAGCAGCAAUUCCCUUCCUGCUGGAGAACAGAGGAGGAAAGGUUGAGGCAGAAGGGCCUUGUUAGCCAAAAUUAAUUAAAUCCAGGCUCCCCCUCCAGGCUGGGGGCUGCUGAUUAGUUUGGUUUUAAUGUUUGUGUAGAGAUCAGAUCUCCUAUUUUUUAGCAGAGGCUGGAAAAGGGAAGGAGCCCGACUGCUUUUGGGGUGGCUGGUUGGGUUUAGGGUAGGGUUUGGGUUGGUUUUUUU